AUGGCCAGGGCCAACACUUUCCAGUCGCAUCAGGUCAUAUCCCUGUUCACUUUUGCCGUCGGAGUCAAUAUCUGCCUGGGACACACAAUAAACAGAGUCAAGAGAGCAGAAGGCUGGGAUGAAGGGCCUCCUUCAGUGUUAUCAGACUCGCCCUGGAUCAGCACCUCUGGCUCUUGUAAGGGCAGAUGCUAUGAACUCCAAGAGAUGGAGCCCCCCGAUUGUCGGUGUGACAACCUGUGUAAGAGUUACAGCAGCUGCUGCCAUGACUUUGACGAGCAUUGUCUGAAGACAGCUCGUGGCUGGGAGUGUACGAAGGACAGAUGUGGAGAAGUAAGAAAUGAAGACAAUGCGUGCCAUUGUUCCGAGGACUGCUUGGCCAGGGGAGACUGCUGUACUAAUUACCAAGUGGUUUGCAAAGGAGAAUCACACUGGGUAGAUGACGACUGUGAGGAAAUAAAGGCUCCAGAGUGCCCUGCAGGGUUUGUUCAUCCUCCACUGAUCAUCUUUUCUGUGGAUGGUUUUCGUGCAUCGUACAUGAAGAAAGGCAGCAAGGUUAUGCCCAAUAUUGAAAAACUAAGGUCCUGUGGCACACAUUCUCCCUACAUGAGACCCGUUUACCCAACAAAAACCUUCCCUAACUUAUAUACUUUGGCCACCGGGCUGUAUCCAGAGUCACAUGGAAUUAUUGGCAAUUCUAUGUAUGAUCCUGUCUUUGAUGCUAAUUUCCAUCUUCGAGGGCGAGAGAAAUUUAAUCACAGAUGGUGGGGAGGCCAACCGCUGUGGAUUACAGCCACUAAACAAGGUGUGAAAGCAGGGACCUUCUUCUGGUCUGUAGUCAUCCCUCACGAGCGGAGAAUAUUAACCAUCCUACAGUGGCUCACCCUGCCUGACAACGAGAGGCCCUCGGUCUAUGCCUUCUAUUCGGAACAGCCGGAUAUCGCUGGACACAAAUAUGGACCCUUUGGCUCUGAGGAGAGUAGUUAUGGUUCAUCUCUUACUUCGGCUAAGAGACCUAAGAGGAAGGUUACCCCUAAGAGGAGACAGGAAAGACCAGUUACUCCUCCAAAGAAAAGAAGACGGAAAUUACAUAGGAUGGAUCAGUAUGCUGCCGAAACUCGUCAGGACAAAAUGACAAAUCCACUGAGGGAAAUUGACAAGACCGUGGGGCAAUUAAUGGAUGGACUGAAACAAUUGAAUCUGCACCGCUGUGUUAAUGUCAUCUUUGUUGGAGAUCAUGGAAUGGAAGAUGUCACGUGUGAUAGAACUGAAUUUUUGAGCAAUUACCUGACUAACGUGGAUGACGUUGUUUUAGUGCCAGGCUCUCUAGGAAGAAUCCGAUCCAAGUUUAGCAAUAAUGCAAAAUAUGACCCAAAAGCCAUCCUGGCGAAUCUCACGUGUAAAAAACCAGACCAGCACUUUAAGCCGUAUCUGAAACAGCACCUUCCCAAACGUUUGCACUAUGCCAACAACAGAAGAAUUGAGGACAUCCAUUUAUUGGUGGAGCGCAGAUGGCACGUGGCAAGGAAGCCUAUGGAUGUUUCUAAGAAACCAUCGGGAAAAUGUUACCUCCAGGGAGACCACGGCUUUGAUAACAAGCUCAACAGCAUGCAGACUGUCUUUAUAGGUUAUGGCCCAACGUUUAAGUAUAAGACUAAAGUGCCUCCAUUUGAAAACAUUGAACUUUACAAUGUGAUGUGUGAUCUCCUGGGAUUGAAGCCCGCUCCUAAUAACGGGACCCAUGGCAGUUUGAAUCAUCUCCUUCGUACCAACACCUUCAGGCCAACCAUGCCAGAGGAGGUUACCCGGCCCAGUUACCCAGGGGUUACGUAUCUUCAGUCUGAUUUUGACCUGGGCUGCAGCUGUGAUGAUAAGGUAGAGCGACACAAACUGGAUGAACUCAACAAACGCCUUACUAUAAAAGGGUCUACAGAAGAGCGACACCUUCUCUAUGGUCGGCCUGCGGUGCUUUAUCGGACUCGAUAUUCAAUCUUGUAUCAUACUGACUUUGAAAGCGGAUACAGUGAGACGCUCCUCAUGCCUCUGUGGACAUCGUACACUGUUUCCAAACAGGCGGAGGUGUCUGUCAUCCCUGAGCAUCUGACCAACUGCGUCUGGCCUGAUGUCCGCAUUUCUCAGAGCUUCAGUCAGAGUUGUUUGGCCUACAAAACUGAUAAACAGAUGUCAUAUGGCUUCAUCUUCCCACCUUAUCUGAGCUCUUCACCUGAAGCUAAAUAUGAUGCAUUCCUUGUAACCAAUAUGGUUCCCAUGUAUCCUGCCUUCAAACGAGUCUGGAAUUACUUUCAGAGGGUAUUGGUGAAGAAAUAUGCUUCAGAAAGGAAUGGAGUUAAUGUGAUAAGUGGACCAAUUUUUGACUACGAUUAUGAUGGCUUACAUGACACACAGGACAAAAUCAAGCAGUACGUGGAAGGCAGUUCCAUCCCUGUUCCCACUCAUUACUACAGUAUCCUCACCAGCUGCCUGGAUUUCACCCAGCCUGCCGACAAGUGUGACGGCCCCCUCUCUGUCUCCUCGUUCAUCCUUCCUCACCGUCCUGACAACGAGGAGAGCUGCAAUAACUCAGAGGAUGAGUCGAAAUGGGUGGAAGAACUCAUAAAAAUGCACACAGCCCGCGUGCGAGAUAUUGAACAGCUCACCAGUCUGGAUUUCUUCCGAAAGACCAGCCGCAGCUAUUCGGAGAUUCUGGCCCUAAAGACAUACCUGCACACGUAUGAGAGCGAGAUCUAA